CAUCACCCUUUUUUUUUACUCCUUCAACCCCCUUGAUCUUGCCACGUGCUUACCUUCCUUCUUCUCUUUUCUGGGUCUUGUUUGAAAAUGGCUGAAACCUGAGCAUGAUUCGACCAUCUCUGUGAAAAGCCAUGGAUCAACUGUUACCUUUACUUUUAGUUUCGUUUUCUAUCUUGCUUCUUAAUCAACCAGCCAUGUCUUUGCUGCCAAACCAGUGCAAUGACAAAUGCGGCAGUCUUCACAUCCCAUUUCCAUUUCAUUUAAACGCUUCUUGUCCUUCAAUUUCCACAGUUUUCCGUCUUUCGUGUUUGAAUUCCACUACCCUUUACCUUCAUAUCGGCACUGAAACCUAUCGAGUUCUCGAUUUCUUCUCCGACGGUGUACUUGUCGACUUCCCCGGAACCACCGGUUGCCGUCAGUACAACGACUUGAACGCCUUCGGUUUUACGAAAAACAACUACUUUGGCAUCUCCAGCGACAACGUCAUAGGUCUAUAUGAUUGUGAAGACUCUUCCUUGUGUAAAGCAGGUUGUGAAACAAACGACUUACCCGGGUGUGAUGGCAACUAUAGUGGAUCUCUUGCAUGCUGUUAUUCACUUUCCGAUCAUAGCAUUUGGCAUUCCGGUGAUGGGCUUUCGAGCUUUUCCAAGUUCGGGUGCAGAGGAUUUUCAUCAUGGCUAGUUUCCCGGGGAUCCAACACCGGAAAACGUGGGGUUAAGUUGGAAUGGGCGGUUCCUAGAAAUUCAUCCGAUACAGUUUGUGCUAGUGAUGCAGAUAUGGUGAAUGCCACUGCAGUUGAAGCAGCGGUCAGGUGCUUGUGCAAGGAUGGCUUCGUCGGUGAUGGGUUUGCUGAUGGAGCUGGAUGCUACAAGUCCUGCAUCAAAGAGGGGCAAGAAGCAUAUGGGGAGGAGUGUAACAGUCCAAAGCAUAGUCAAAGGAAGCUUGUAAUUUUGGCUGGUGUUUUUGCUCCGGUUUUCAUCCUUGCGUCCUUGUUCUUAUUCCUCUGCAUAGUGAGACGACCGGUUAAACCUGGUGCUUUUCACCUAGAACAAACUCAUUAUCACGGUACCGCUUCAUUUCGGAAAACUUGUAGAACUAGAUUGUUUACUUACAGAGAGCUAGAAGAAGCAACCAGAGCAUUCGUAGAAAGUCAGAAGCUCGUAAAUGGAGCAAACGGUACAAUUCAUGCUGGCGUCCUUGGGGAUGGCUCGCAUAUAGCUGUGCAGAAGGUGCAGUGUGAGACUGAAAGAGACUUAAUCGAUGUCCUAUCAAGAAUCGAGCUUCUAUCAUCUGUUUUACAUAGGAAUUUAGCUCGACUCCUCGGAUGUUGCAUCGAGUCUGGUUACACCAUAUUGGUGGUGUAUGAAUAUCCAGCGAAUGGCACCUUGGAGGAACAUCUGCAAAAUAGCAGAGGACAAAAAUUCGGCCUUGACUGGUACAAGAGGCUGAGCAUAGCUGCUGGAACUGCAGGCAUCCUAGCAUACUUGCAGUGUGAGAUUUCUCCACCGAUCUUUCACUGUGGCCUCAAAGCAUCCGGCUACAUAUUUCUUGAUGUGGAUUUCUCAGUUAAGGUUUCCAGCUUUGUGCUUAGCUCUGGGUCCAGCGACGGUUCAAUUUUACACAACCAUGGACCUCCCCACAAAAACGAUGUUUACGAUUUUGGUCUGUUAUUGUUGGAGAUAAUUUCAGGCACCAACUAUUCAGACAUGCCAAGGAUAGUCAUGGAAAAAAUCAAAAGUGGGAAGCUAGAAGAAAUUGUGGAUCCAUCUCUCUACUACCACGAGCAGCCGAUUGCUCGCAGAGAACAAAUAGAAAUAGUAGCAGACGUAGCAACCAGAUGCUUAUUGUUCGGUGGAGAUGGCAAAAUCAGAAUGAUUGAUGUCGCGAGGGAGCUGAUUCACCUCGUAAAAGAAAACAAUAGAGGAAGCAAAAGGGGACCUGCAUUGGAAGAAACAUUCUCAAAUUCAAGCCUGCUUCAGAUGAUAUCCAUGUCUCCUGACUCUAUACACCUGCCUUGAAAUUUCAUCUGUUCAUAAAAAAAAAUCCCACUCAAGGAUUUUCAAAUUAGUCCAUUUCAGCUGCAAGUGUUCCAAGUUACCUGCAUUCACUUCUGAUUGCAUAUGUAUACAGAUUAUAUGUACAUCUAGUGGAUUCAGAACUUAUUUUUGAUGAAAUCACGUAACUUGCUGGUUCUACAUAAUGUAUCAUGAACAUGAUUGUGCUUGUCUUUUCAAAAC